ACCUAGAAAACCCUGUCGAAUUUCUUCCAAAACCAAGACUCGGAGCUUACUUUCUUCUCCGGCUCCAAUGGAGAUCCAUUUUCAGAAGCCGCAACAGGGAGGAGACGCCAACAUUCCCGUGGCCAAACUGGGCAGCAACAAGUUCAAGGCCAGAGGCCGAGGCCACAGCAACAUCAACAACAAGUAUGUCGGGGUGAGGCAGAGGCCCUCGGGGCGGUGGGUCGCCGAGAUCAAGGACACCACCCAGAAGAUCAGAAUGUGGCUCGGCACCUACGAGACCGCGGAAGAGGCCGCCCAGGCCUACGACCAGGCCGCCUGCCUCCUUCGUGGGUCCAACACCCGCACCAACUUCGUGACCCACGUGUCCUCCGACUCUCCCCUGGCUUCUCGCAUCCGAAACCUCCUCAACAGCAAGAAGGGAGGCGCUAAACGACCGAGUUUCGACGCCUGUCUUUCUACAACGAUGAGUACUGCUACUACCGGCACAACAGCAACGGCUAUGACUCCGACUAGUACUACUAACUCGUAUAGUAGCACGAGCUGUAGUAGCAACAGUUGCACGGACAGUGGCAGUACUCUAUCUGCUGUCGACAAGAUCAACUCGGAAGCCAUCCAGGUUUUCAGUGAGGAUGUAUAUAAGCCGGAUUUAAGCCACUGCAGGGACGAGUUUGAGUUGAAACCUUCAAAACAGAGUUUUUCCUGGGCUCCUGUGCAUGCGUUCGAUAGGUUCUCGUACGCACAGGAGGUCGUGGAAUUGCCAAAGAGCGUAAAGGCCGGUCCGGCCAGCUCGUCCGACGAGAUGGGGGAAUUCUCGGAGUUCGACAGGAUGAAAGUGGAGAGACAGAUUUCCGCGUCGCUGUAUGCCAUGAACGGGUUGCAGGAGUACAUGGAGACUGUCCAUGAUCCAUCCGAGGCUCUGUGGGAUCUCCCUCCCCUGUGUUCAUUGUUGUGCUAGUUGCCUUUUGAUUAUUCGAGAGAAAUUGUCGUGUGCUUAGCUCAAAAAGAUUUGAACACAGUACCUGUGGAAUCAUAUAAGGUUGGUGUCCGCCAGAAUGUCCACCUUCACGGACGGGCUUGAUAGUGACGAAUAGCAUUAAUUUAAGCACUCUCUGAGACA